CAAGAGUAUAUAUAUAGAAAUAGCAUGCAAGAAGAUCCAUUCGUCACCAUGGCAGCUUUCAGAGCAACACGUGUGCUCACACUUCAUAAAUCUUCUUGCAUGUAAAAUCUUCGUUGUUGAUAAUCUAGCACUACAUGUCAAAAACCAAGAAAACAAAGCCCAUCUCCUACGGCUAUCUAUCUUCCUCCAUUCUCAUCUGUUUUGUUGUUUUAUUAUUGUUAUUUAUAAGCCACAGCCACCCAGCCACAGCCUUCUCUCGCAGCAGCAGCUGAUGAUGAUGAUGGAUUUGCUCAACUCUUUGUUGAAUUGGGUGGCGCCUCCUGCGAGCUUGGUGAUGUUGGCUUGUUCAUGGCCUGCUUUGUGCUUUAUAACUACUUGUGAAUGGCUUUAUAAGUCUUUUUAUAGUGAGAAUAUGGAAGAUAAAGUUGUUAUUAUCACUGGAGCUUCUUCUGGUAUAGGAGAGCAAAUUGCAUAUGAAUAUGCAAAAAGGGGAGCAAACCUUGUAUUGAUUGCACGGAGAGAAAAUAGACUUCGAGGGAUUGCUGAGAAAUCAAGACAUAUGGGUGCAAAGCAUGUCAUGAUUAUGGCUGCAGAUGUCGUCAAGGAAGACGAGUGUAAAAGAUUUGUGAAUGAGACUGUAAACUUCUUCGGGCGUGUGGAUCAUUUAGUCAACACAGCAACCCUAGGACAUACAUUCUAUUUGGAAGAAGUUGUUGACACUUCUGUGUUUCCCCAUUUGCUGGACAUAAAUUUUUGGGGAAAUGUGUAUCCGACAUUUGUUGCGCUUCCUUUCCUUCAUCAGACUAAUGGACGAGUCAUUAUUAAUGCAGCAGUUGAGAGCUGGUUACCUCUGCCAAGAAUGAGCUUAUAUGCUGCUGCAAAAGCAGCAUUGGUUAACUUUUACGAGACACUGAGAUUUGAAUUGAAUGAUGAAGUUGGAAUAACAAUUGCAACACAUGGUUGGAUCGGAAGCGAAAUGAGUAGAGGCAAGUUCAAGGUAGAGGAGGGUGCAGAGAUGCAAUGGAUUGAAGAAAGAGAAGUGCAAGCAACCGGAGGUCCUGUAGAAGAAUACGCAAAGUUGAUAGUAGCCGGGGCCUGCCGAGGAGACCAGUAUGUGAAGUUUCCUAGCUGGUAUGAUGUAUUCCUACUGUACAGGGUUUUUGCACCUAGCGUUCUCAACUGGACAUUCCGGAUGCUGCUUGCGACUCACACUGGAAGAAGAACUUCUCUGGUGGGCACCGGGAGAAGUAUGCUGGAAGGCAGCCCUCCUAGAAAACUUCUUACUGGUUCUAAUUCCCUCUCCCAAACUAGUUCCUUGCAGAUGCAGAAACUGGAAUGAAAGAAGCUCUUGUUUAAGUGAAUUCUGCAAUUUGCAACCCUUUUAGAGUUGUGGUUUAUAUACUUGAUAAAACAAAAUUUGUGUUUUUAGGGAUCACUUUGAAAUUUUGUGAAUUUUGAUGAAUAAGAGAGGCUUGUUUUUGUGAUUUGAAUAUUUAGGCAUUCAAAUACAAAA